AUGACAAGCGCAGCACUAGGUUUCGGAGACAAGGUAAGCUUCAUUGGUCUUGUUCCACUGCUACUUGUAGUUCUUCAAAUUCUCCGCUAUCGUCGAAACUUCACACCAUUUCGAUAUUUAAUACUAUCAAAGCUCAUAGCUGACGGACUAGAGUUGUUUAUUGUUAUGAUGCUACUGGUUUCGUCCGAAUUGAUAUUUGGUGAGUGGGUUCCGCUACGUUAUCGACCUGCAGUUGGUUAUGUUGCCGUAGGACUGCAAUAUUCAAGUUUCCACACAUCGAUUGCAAUGACGGCAAAUCGUUUGCUUGCUGUCUUAUAUCCACUAAAAUAUAACGCUUGGUUCACGGUGCCCACGACUAUAACAAUGAUAAUCAUUUGUUGGUUGUCGGGAUGGAUAAUCAGGCUGGAUUAUAUGCUGUGGGAUUGCCAUUUUAUGUUUGUCCCUCAAUCCAGACAGUUCAUCUACACAGGUUGCACAGGAAUAUUUCCGUUUAUAUAUAAUGUUAUUUUUGCUGUGCUAACUACAACACUGGACAUCUUUUCUUUAUCCCGAGUAAAACACAUUAAUGAGGGAGGCGUAGACACCAGAGGAUCAAAACACGAAAAGCCUUGGUUUCUUCAGCGCACCAGAAGUUUUCUUCUCGAGAUUUUAGAAUUUUUGCUAGGAAAUGCUAGAAAAUGUAGAACAGAAGCGAUGCAGAUACUUUUACUAUUUGUGAUAGGUUGCAUCGUUGAGGAAACAGGUGCAGCUAAAGUUGAAGCAGUUGGAAUCUCCCCAACAAUGAUUGGACGUCGAGGCGAGCCCACAAUCUCCCGCGGAAUUCAAAGAUUUUGGACAUCAGUAGCACUGAGAAGCUUCAGUGUGCACGAGAACUGCGAAUGCCCUGCUGAAAAAAGGACUGAUACACUAUCAUCGCCCUUCAAAAGGAGUUCCAGCACCCCAUUCGAAAAAUAUGGAAGAAAACUGUUGGACGUUCAAAAACGAUAG